UGGUUUCUCAGAGCCUUCACUCUGAUUUCUACAUACACACACAGAGGCACACACACAAACACAGAGGCAUGAUAUGGUCUGGGGCACUCAGCUGUGCAGUUUCUAUUAGAGGGGUCGAGGAGCAAUUGUCAAGACAUGGACUUUAGCCAAGAGAGACACUGAAAACGGCUUGACUGCUUUUGGACUGGAUGCCUAAUCACUCAAAGCCGACCUUGGAAAACUGAAAGGAGGGAAGUGAAAUUGUGUGGCGCAAGGGUACAUCCAGUUCCAUAAUGGCAAUCCCAAAUGACCUCUCCCUUUUCAACUCCACCUCCUCCCUUUAUUCAGCAACAAAGAUUGAACCUAACACCUCUCUGGCCCCCUCUGCUCCCCACUGCCCGGACUGGCCUCCCAUACCCAUGACUAUAGUUAUCCCUGCCAUCUACAGCGUUAUCUGUGUGCUGGGAACCAUAGCCAACGCCCUGGCAGUGUGCGUUUUGGCCCAUGCCAGCACCUCAAGGAGAACUGUUGCUAACACUUUCAUGCUGAACCUGUGUGUAUCUGACCUGCUGUUCCUGCUGUCUCUCCCACUGUGGGCUGUCUACUACUCCCAGGGCUACAGCUGGCCCUUUGGUUGGGUUGCCUGCAAAGUCUGCGGAGCUCUCCACAAUCUCAACCUCUACGCGUCCAUCUUCUUCAUCACAUGCAUGAGCAUAGACCGCUACCUGGCCAUCGUGCAUCCGCUCCGCUCCCAGAGUGCACGAGACCCCAAGCGUGCCCGGCUUACAUGCAUCCUGGUGUGGGUGCUGGCAUGUGCUUGCUCGGCCCCCAUCUUUUACCUGAGGAACACUUACCACCUGGAGAGGCUUGGCGUGGAGGCCUGUGUGAUUGACUAUCCUGAUGAUACCUGGUAUAUGACCCUGGUCUGGAUGAAGAUGUGUCUGGCCUUUCUGCUGCCACUGCUUGUCAUCUCUUGUUGCUACUGUGCAAUAGGUAGACAUUUGUUGGCUGAUACAGGGCUGGUAAGAAUGCAGAAUGUAUCACACCCCAACAUGCCCUCUUUUAAAUCACUGGAGUCCAGGGACGGCUGCAGUAGACCAGACAGACCCCCGACUCCCUGCGUGAGCCCCAGCUUCAGUGCAAGCAGACCCCUGGAGGGCAGGGGGCUGGAGCGGGUGUUGUGGACAGUAGCUGCUGUGGUCGUGGCCUUUUUCCUCUGCUGGUUCCCCUUCCACUGCGUGACCUUCUUGGAUGUGCUGAUGAGUGAUGGCUGGUUGGAUGGCUGUGGGAUAGACUGGACAAUCCACAACCUCACCCCUCUGACCCUCUGCCUGGGCUUCUCUAACUCUGCCAUCAACCCCGUGCUAUACUGCUUCAUCGGGAACCAUUUCCGAGGCCGUCUCGGGGGGCUCUGCAAGGGCCUGUGUGUUCGUAUGAAGGUCCGUGGCGAUGAUCACAGCCAGAAGAGGGGCUCCUUUAGCACCAGGCUAAGCUCCUUCUCCCGAAAACUCAGUGACCUGAAAGACCUGGCGAUUGUGGAGCCCUCGGGUUCUGCUUAGCAAGUCCCCAGAAGGGAGACUUUCCCCUCACUCACUUGGUCUCACACCCCAAAGAGUGAUGCCAGUGUCAAGUGACUGCCAAACUCCAAUAAGCAUGAAUGUGUGAGACGGAGCUGUUACUAUAACUGACUGAGUCAAAGUCCAGCAGAGCUCCAUUCUGCCCUACAAAGACAGGAAAAAAAGGACCUAAAGAAAACAUGAAGCUGAGGGGAAAAAGGUUUAAAGGAACAGUUUGCCCUAAAAACACAUAUAUUUCCUCUUACCUGCGGUGCUUUUUAUCAGUCUAGAUUGUUUUGGUGUGAGUUUCUGAUGUUGGAGAUAUAGGACGUUGAGAUGUCUGCUUUUUCUCCAAUAUAAUGGAACUAAAUGGCACUCGGUUUGUGGUGCUCCAAAUGCCAAAAAAAACCCCAACUGCUUUUGAAAAACUCAACAGCAAAGUUUCUUUCCAGCAAUCAUGACCAGGUUACUCAAGAUAAUCCACAGACCUUGUUGUGAACAGUUUCAUGUAGGAAAUAUUUUCUUUCUACUGAACUACACCCGGGCGGCACGGUGGUAUGGUGGUUAGCACUCUCGCCUCACAGCAAGAGGGUUGCCAGUUCGAUCCUGGGCGUGGGAGCCCUUCUGUGUGGAGUUUGCAUGUUCUCCCCGUGUCAGCGUGGGUUCUCUCCGGGCACUCCGGCUUCCUCCCACAGUCCAAAAACAUGCAGAUUGGGGACUAGGUUAAUUGAUAACUCUAAAUUGUCCGUAGGUGUGAGUGUGAGCGUGAAUGGUUGUUUGUCUCUAUGUGUCGGCCCUGCGAUAGUCUGGCGACCUGUCCAGGGUGUACCCUGCCUCUCGCCCGAUGUCAGCUGGGAUAGGCUCCAGCCCCCCCGCGACCCUCAAGAGGAUGAAGCGGUUAGAAGAUGAAUGAAUGAAUGAAUGAACUACACCCAUAUCAUGGCACAGAAGGAAGCGUGUACUCCACUCAUGGACAAGAAGUUUGUGCUCAUGACUGCACGGUGAUAGGGUUGGUGGGUGUAGUUAGGUAGACAGGAAAUAGUUCCAACAUGAAGCUGUUCACAACAUGGUCUGUGGUUUAUUUGAGUAACCAGGUCACAAUUUCUGGAAAGAGACAUUGUUGUUGAGUUUUUCAUAUAUACUAUUUUGGUGCUUUGAGCACCACAAGCUGAGUGCUAACUAGUUUCAUUAUAUUGGACAAAACCUAGACAUCUCUACUGAUGAUAUCUCCAAUACUCAGCAACUCACACACAUAAAAAAAUCUAGAUUGAUAAAUAGCACUACAGGUAAGAGGAAAUAUAUGUUUUUUCAAUUCUGUAGUGAACUGUUUUUAAAAACACUUUUUUGUUUUUUUAAGUUUUGCAGCUAGUUUGCCAAACCGUGUAACAGAUAAUUUAUAUACUUCACGCCUUUAAAGCUGCAGCAGUCAGCUGUUUUUAGUGAAAUAGCUUUAAAGAAUGUACUGCAAACAACCUGCACAGCAGACAGAAACAGUUGGUGACGAGCUGGUGAACACAGCGCAACAUUUAGCAGCUAAGGAGCCUCAUAUUUUCCACAGGAGUUGGUGGAGACCAAAAACGGAGUGUGAAUAUUGGACUUACAAAUUUUACAAGUUCUCCGUAUAAACUUUAAAGAUAAAUGAUAUGUUGGUUUUUAUGUUCACAAAGUUCUCCCAUGUCAGUUACAGCUACUCUGCUAAGCUAGGCUAGUAUUAGUUUAGCAGGACCAAUUUAGUUGCUGUUACUUUAUCAUGGUUGGAAUUAGCUUCUGCCUCAUGUACAUGGGAUCAUAACUUGAUAUUAAGAUGUUUGGUGACCAUAAUAGUUUUUUAUCACAUGAAAACAGGCAUGAAGGAAGAGGUACAUUUAUGUUUACCUCCUGUAAUGCUAGCUGUAGCUAUCUCAACAGCUAGCUUGUUUUUAAGCUUCAUUUUGUAGCUUUGCAAACUGUGAUUUCUCUGAAAUGAUAACCAAAGCAUACUAUUUUAUAUGGUAACACAAUGUUAUUGAGGUUACUCUAUUUUGAAUGCCUAGCUACUGCAUUUUGGCUUUGUACAGGCCAAAACAUUGAAAGACAGAUGUAAAAGGAUAAUUAUUAACCAGUCAUAGCAAUGCUACCACUACUGUUCUUUUUGGGACAAAGAUAUUAUAUGUGUAAUCAUGUAACCUGUAACAUUUUUAUUAUAUUAUUCUGUAAAGACAGAUUAGGAAAGUAAGAGUGACUGCAUUUCUUUGACUGAAUAAGAAAUAAAGUGAACAAUAUUUCCCUA